UUUUGCAAGCCAGAUGAGUAACCAGACGGCAUGAAAGGUUGAGAACAUUUGACUUCCCUGCAAACCUUGGUAUAGAUCACUUCCUCUCCUGUAGGUUGGCACCAAAGAGCACAAUGAGUACAAGAAAACGUCGUGGUGGAGCAAUAAAUUCUAGACAAACCCAGAAGCGAACUCGGGAAGCAACCUCCACCCCCGAGAUUUCCUUGGAAGCAGAGCCCAUAGAACUCGUGGAAACCGCUGGAGAUGAAAUUGUGGACCUCACCUGUGAAUCUUUAGAGCCCGUGGUUGUUGACCUGACUCACAAUGACUCUGUUGUGGUAAUUGUAAGUGAAAGAAGAAGACCAAGGAGGAAUGCUAGGAGGCUGCCCCAGGACCAUGCUGACAGCUGCGUGGUGAGCAGUGACGAUGAGGAGUUGUCCAGGGACAGAGACGUGUAUGUGACUACCCACACUCCCAGAAACACCAGGGAUGAGGGCGCCGCAGGCCUCAGGCCCUCGGGUACUGUCAGUUGUCCUAUCUGCAUGGAUGGAUACUCUGAGAUCGUGCAGAAUGGACGUCUCAUCGUUUCCACAGAGUGUGGCCAUGUCUUCUGUAGCCAGUGCCUCCGCGAUUCCCUGAAGAAUGCUAAUACUUGCCCAACUUGUAGGAAAAAGAUCAACCACAAACGACUCCUUUUAGUUUUGGCAUGAAUCAUAGGACACCACCCUACCCCGCUGGGGAUUAUUGUCUUCUGUGCAGAAGUGAACGGAAAGACUCCUCAUUCUUAGAGAGUGGAAUUAAGACUGCGAGCAAAUUGGCCCUUUCCAUGGCUCCCAAGGGCAACAGUGUGCUGCACCUGCCGCUAUGGGUGUGCCCGGACUGUCGCAGGACCGUGGAGAAGGAGGAGAGGCAUGGCGGCCUUGACCAGCCAGUGAACCAAGAUUUUCUUCUUCACUCCUCACUUGGUGGCUCCCAGCCGGAGGCCGGCAGUGGUGGGAGGCUCGCUCUGGGUGCACAGACGCUGCCUUCGGACACCGCAUGCUCGUGCGAGGCCUGCAGUGAGCGCAGAGAAAUUUCGGCAGAGGCGGACCGGGAACCUCAGCAGCUGCAGAACUACUGGUCAGAAGUGCGCUACACAGUGCGCUGCAUCUACCGCCAGGCAGGGACCCCGCUGGCAGAUGACCAGGACCAGUCUCUGGUGCCUGACAAGGAGGGAGUAAAGGAGCUCGUGGAUCGGCUCUGCGAGAGGGACCCCUACCAGCUGUACCAGCGUCUGGAACAGCAAGCUCGAGAGUACGUGCUAGAGAUGAAGGUCCGCCUGCUCCGGCAGCUGUCGGCUGCAGCCAAGGUGAAGGCACCAUCUGGCCUGCAGGGUCCGCCACAAGCGCACCAGUUCAUCUCCCUCCUGCUUGAGGAGUACGGCGCCCUCUGCCAGGCUGCACGCUCCAUCAGCACCUUCCUUGGCACUCUGGAAAAUGAACACUUGAAAAAGUUCCAAGUGACGUGGGAACUGCAUAAUAAACACCUGUUUGAAAAUCUGGUCUUUUCAGAGCCACUUCUUCAGAGCAACUUGCCCGCACUGGUGUCACAAAUCAGGCUAGGAACCACCACACACGACACCUGCAGUGAGGACACAUACAGUACCUUGCUGCAGAGGUACCAGCGCUCCGAGGAGGAGCUGCGCAGAGUCGCUGAGGAGUGGCUGGAGUGCCAGAAGAGGAUCGAUGCCUAUGUUGACGAGCAGGACCUUCAGACCAGUGUGAAUAAGAGCAUUGAUACUGGCACCCUUGUCCAGUCCUGGCUUCGAGGGGCUGCUAUGACAAUGAAAACCAAGCAGCGCAUGUUAACAGAAGACUGGGAGCUUUUUAAACAAAGAAGAUUCAUUGAAGAACAGUUAACCAAUAAGAAAGCAGUUACUGGCGAGAACAACUUCACGGACACCAUGAGGCACAUGUUGUCGUCCCGGCUGAGCAUGCCCGACUGCCCCAACUGCAACUACAGGAGAAGAUGUGCUUGCGAUGACUGCAGCCUUUCACACAUCCUCACAUGUGGUAUCAUGGACCCCCCCGUCACUGACGACAUCCACAUUCACCAGCUCCCACUUCAGGUGGAUCCUGCUCCCGACUAUCUUGCUGAGAGGAGCCCACCCAGCGUGUCGUCUGCAAGCUCGGGGUCGGGCUCCAGCUCUCCCAUCACAAUUCAGCAGCAUCCCAGGCUCAUUCUCACAGACAGUGGCUCAGCACCAACUUUUGAUGAUGAAGAUGUUGCACCAUUGUCAGCCAAAUUUGCUGAUAUUUAUCCAUUGAGUAAUUAUGAUGAUACUGAGGUGGUGGCCAACAUGAAUGGAAUCCACAGCGAAUUGAAUGGUGGCGGGGAAAACAUGGCCCUGAAGGAUGAGUCUCCUCAGAUAAGCAGUACCAGUAGUAGUUCCUCAGAAGCUGAUGAUGAAGAAGCAGACGGCGAGAGUAGUGGGGAGCCCCCAGGGGUCCCGAAGGAAGAUGGAGUGCUGAGAAGCAGGAGUCCCAGGACAGAGGAGAGCAAAGCAGACAGUCCACCCCCAUCCUACCCAACACAGCAGGCUGAACAAGCUCCAAACACUUGUGAAUGUCAUGUUUGUAAACAAGAAGCUUCUGGACUGACACCAUCUGCAAUGACAGCCGGAGCCCUUCCUCCUGGCCAUCAGUUCAUGAGCCCAGAGAAGCCCACACACCCUGCACUGCACCUUUACCCUCACAUCCAUGGACACGUGCCUUUGCACACUGUUCCACACCUGCCACGCCCCCUCAUCCACCCCACCUUGUAUGCAACGCCCCCCUUCACACACAGUAAGGCUUUACCGCCAGCACCUGUUCAGAAUCACACAAAUAAGCAUCAGGUAUUCAAUGCAUCUCUUCAAGACCAUAUUUAUCCGAGCUGUUUUGGGAAUACUCCAGAGUGGAAUAGUUCUAAAUUUAUAAGUCUUUGGGGAUCAGAAGUGAUGAAUGAUAAGAACUGGAAUCCUGGCACUUUCUUGCCAGAUACAAUUUCUGGGAGUGAAAUAUUAGGGCCAACACUCUCAGAAACAAGACCAGAAGCCCUUCCACCUCCAUCUAGCAAUGAAACACCUGCAGUCUCGGAUAGUAAAGAGAAAAAGAAUGCUGCAAAAAAGAAGUGUUUAUACAAUUUCCAAGAUGCUUUUAUGGAAGCAAACAAAGUUGUCAUGGCCACCUCAUCAGCCACGUCCUCCGUGUCCUGCACAGCUACCACAGUGCAGUCCAGCAACAGCCAGUUCAGAGUGUCAUCCAAGAGACCUCCUUCAGUAGGUGACGUGUUCCAUGGCAUCAGCAAGGAGGACCACAGACACUCGGCUCCAGCCGCCCCGAGGAACAGCCCCACGGGCUUGGCCCCCCUCCCAGCGCUCUCGCCUGCUGCACUCUCACCUGCCGCGCUCUCACCUGCCGCUCUUUCACCUGCUUCCACACCUCACCUUGCAAAUCUUGCAGCCCCAUCAUUCCCCAAAACAGCAACCACAACUCCCGGGUUUGUGGACACACGCAAGAGUUUCUGUCCUGCACCCCUGCCCCCGGCCACAGAUGGCUCCAUUAGCGCCCCUCCAAGUGUCUGCAGUGACCCUGACUGCGAAGGGCACCGCUGCGAGAAUGGUGUCUACGACCCACAGCAAGAUGAUGGGGACGAGAGUGCAGAUGAGGACAGCUGCUCUGAGCACAGCUCCAGCACCUCAACCUCCACCAACCAGAAGGAGGGCAAGUACUGCGACUGCUGCUACUGCGAAUUCUUUGGGCACGGCGGGCCUCCAGCUGCACCAACAAGUAGAAAUUACGCAGAAAUGAGGGAAAAGCUUCGCUUACGGCUGACCAAGAGGAAAGAAGAGCAACCUAAAAAAAUGGAUCAGAUCUCAGAAAGGGAAAGCGUCGUUGACCAUCGGAGGGUGGAGGAUUUAUUGCAGUUUAUAAACAGCUCUGAAACCAAACCAGUGAGCAGCACACGUGCAGCAAAGCGGGCAAGGCAUAAGCAAAGGAAGCUGGAGGAGAAAGCUCGCCUGGAAGCAGAGGCCAGGGCCCGGGAGCACCUGCACCUCCAGGAGGAGCAGAGGCGGCGGGAGGAGGAGGAGGAGGAAGAAGAGGAGGAGCGUUUCAAGGAGGAGUUUCAGCGGCUUCAGGAGCUUCAGAAGCUAAGAGCUGUAAAAAAGAAGAAGAAGGAGAGGCCAAGUAAAGACUGCCCCAAGUUGGACAUGCUCACUGGAAAUUUCCAGGCAGCAACAGAGUCUGUCCCUAACUCUGAAAACAUCCACAAUGGCUCACUAGAGCAAACUGAAGCACCAGAAACCUCUUCUCAGUCCCCCUCCAGGCAUAUGAACCACUCAGAGCCCAGGCCAGGGCUAGGGGCUGAGGGGGAUGCUGCAGACCCCGUCAUCACCAGAGACUCCAAAUUUCUCCUCCCCAAGGAGGUGAAUGGGAAGCAGCAUGAGCCACUCUCUUUUUUCUUUGACAUCAUGCAGCACCAUAAAGAGGGAAAUGGCAAGCAGAAGCUGAGGCAGACCAGCAAGGCCAGCAGCGAGCCAGCAAGGAGGCCCACGGAGCCGCCCAAGGCCACAGAGGGGCAGCCCAAGCCUCGGGCCCAGACUGAGUCAAAGGCUAAGGUGGUUGAUCUCACAUCCAUCACAGAGCAGAAAAGAGAGGAGAGAAAAGUCAACAGUAAUAACAAUAACAAAAAGCAGCUGAACCACAUCAAGGAAGAAAAGUCAAACCCAACCCCUAUGGAGCCCACCUCUCCCAGCGAGCAUCAGAACAACAAGCUGGUGCUGGCAGAGUCCCCUCAGCCAAAGGGCAAGAACAAGAAAAAUAAGAAGAAGAAAGGAGACAGAGUCAACAAUUCAAUUGAUGAUGUCUUUCUACCUAAAGAUAUUGACCUAGACAGUGUGGAUAUGGAUGAGACAGAGAGGGAAGUGGAGUAUUUCAAAAGGUUCUGCUUGGAUUCUGCUAGACAGACCCGACAAAGACUGUCUAUCAACUGGUCCAAUUUUAGCCUGAAAAAAGCCACCUUUGCUGCCCACUGAAUGAGGACUGCCUGGAGAGGGACACGCGAGAGGCAGGCCAGGCUGCACCACUCCAAGAGCCAAGCCCCUCGCUGGCGCCCCAGAGCCGCGGUGCUUGCCAAGGGCUGUGCGGAGCUGGUGCUGCCUGAAACCCCAGACCGAGAAGUUGAUGCUCGGCCCACGCUGUUAGCUCGUGUGCGUGUAGUCUGUGCGUGAGACUCCUUCGAUUGUAGCUCUGUGCUGUCGGAUUGGAACAGUAGUUCCCGCCAAGUUCUCCCACUACCACGGCCUCGGAGGCCUGGGCCGUGGCCAGAUAGGAGUUUGCAUCAUCCACGUGACUCCGUUGCCUCUGCAUUGCGCCCUGUCCUGUCAUCUGUCCUCACCGGGGUAUCGGCCAUCACUCAGCUCUCCUGUGCCCCUGCGUCCCACCCUCGGCGGGCUGGGCGGGGCAGGCCUCCUUUGUUCUCCACAAUCUACUGUCUCCGAGUGUACACGUUGCGCUGUUUGUGUUUGAUCCCCCCUGACUUGUAGCCAGCUUGUGUAAGAUCCCUUGCAGAACGAGAAAGUUAAAAACAAGCCCACCCAGUACUCACACCAUCAAGUCUGUUAUAGAGUGUACGACUGUAUUAACACGGAGGCCUGCCUGGCUACUUUUUUAACAUAUUGUUAAGUAAUAUUAAAAUCAUGUCUUUCUUUUUGAAAGAUGGAAUACAUUAGUACAGCAGGA